GUUAUAUUUUUUCUGCACAGGAUUGGAUUUAAUGGUGAAUCCGCACACGCGUUGAGAUAAUGCGCCGAAUGUGAAAACAAAUCCGACGGGUUUUUUCUUUUUUUUCUAAUCAUCGUGAGAGAGAUUGUGCGGGGGAAAACGAUCGUGAGUGAGUGAGUGAGUGAGUGAGUGAGUGCAGUUGAAAGGCAAUGGGCGCGUACCAGUCAGCCCCGAAGACGGACACGGAGCCGUUGGACGUGUCGAACGAGGCGCUGAGCUGCGGCGCCAAUGCGAUGCAAGGCUGGCGCCAGUCGCAAGAAGACGCGCACAACGUGAUUCUCAGCUACGCCGAGGACCCCGGGAAGGCCCUGUUUGCCGUCUACGACGGCCACGGCGGCGCGGAAGUGGCCAAGUAUUGCGCCGAGCAUUUCCCGGGCUUCCUCGCUGCCCACGACCUGUUUUCGUUGGACGACUAUGAAAAGUGCUUGUCGACGGCGUUCUUGGAGUUUGAUUCUCUCCUCGCACAGCCUCAGGUGAUAGAAGAACUGAAGCGGAUCGCUGGCCCUUCAACAGAUGUUUUGGAACAGAAGGGGAUCCUGAACCUAAUAAAAAAGCGAUGGAAGACUUUACACAAUGGAGGCAGUGGGUUAGAGGGUGAAGAUUCCAGCAGUGACGAAGAACCCGGGCUCGGAGACAGUGAUGAAGAAGAACUCGGUUCGGAGAACCUGGAAGUCAGUCUGGCAGAGCUGCGAGCGGAAGCAAAUGCACCUAUCGAAGCCGUGCUUGAGAAAAUGUCUUCUUCCUCAUCCCCCGCGAAAUCGUCGACGCGAACCAUCGACUUCGUCACGUCUGGUGCCUCUUCUUCUUCUUCCGGGGCCGGUUCUUCCGGCGCGGGUUGCUCCUCGUCGUCCAGUUUCGCUUCGCCGUCGAAGGCGAAAGGCGUCUCGAUUUACGAGGAAGAAGAGUUGAGUGCUAGGGUGAAGACGACGAAGGCCAAGAGCAGUGGGUCCGGUGAGCCGCGGAAAAGUAAUAACGACGUGGGCUCUGAAAGCGCUAAGGAAGACGCGGUGAAGACGGAACGCAUUUCAGAAGAAGAACUUCUCGUUUCUCCGAAGAAGGAAGACGCGGUGAAGACGGAACGCGUUUCCGAAGAAGAACUUCUCGUUUCUCCGAAGAAGGAAGACGCCGUGAAGACGGAACGCAUUUGCAAAGAAGAACCUCUCGUGUCUCCGAAGAAGGAAGUUGUUGAGGAAUACCUACCCGUGAAGAAAGUCCCGGUGCAGCCGGAAGAAGCCAAGAAGCUGGAAAAUGGCGUCGUGAACGGCGUUUCAUCUUCGCCACCACCACCCGACUCGUCCUCCACGUCGUCGUCGUCGUCGUCGACGCCGCAGCAGCAGCAAGCGUCGCAGUCCAACGGCGACUCGACCGCCUCCUCCGUCGUCAACGGCGACUCUGACGAGAAGCCGGAUCCAAACGGCAAGCGACCCGUUCGUCAGGUGCCCGGCAUGAUGGGCAUCUUGCCCAAGAAAUACGCGUUCAUGGAAGAGCUGCGCGGGGCGCAAGGAGACCGGGACUGCCCGGGCCACGCGUCCGGCUGCACAGCCGUCGUGGCCCUGGUUUGCGGGCCCAGAGUGUUCGUGGCGAAUGCCGGGGAUUCCCGAUGCGUGCUCUGCCGCGGCGGAACAGCGGUUGACCUCAGCGUCGACCACAAGCCCGAGGACGCCGUGGAGUUUACGCGGAUCCGACUCGCCGGCGGCGUCGUCACGCCCGACGGCCGCGUUUGUGGCGGCCUCAACCUCAGUCGCUCCUUUGGAGACCACAGCUACAAACAGAACAAAGACCUGCCGUCGUCGAAGCAGAUGAUCACGGCGGAUCCGGACGUGCGCACAGCCGACCUAACGGACGAGGACGAGUUCCUAGUGCUGGCCUGCGACGGCAUCUGGAACAGCAUGUCGUCGCAAGAGGUGGUGGACUUCGUGCGGACCCGACUACAAAAGGAGCCGAAGCCAGCGUUGAGCGAAAUCUGUCGCGAGAUGUUCAUGCACUGCACUGGCUGUGAUAACAUGACAUCCAUCAUCGUCGAACUCAAGGCUGUCUCUGCGCUCAAGACUACAACACCUGCUUCCCCAGUUGUAGUUGGCAGCAAACGACCUCUGGCCGAUGCUGAGAACGGAAUCGAGGCGCAAGAGCCGGACGGAAGUGACGCAAAGAGGGUCAAGGUGGAUGGAGACGGUUCUGGGCAAUGAAAAAAAAAAAAGAAGAGAGAAGAAGAAAAGAAACUUCUGAACUGUUUUCUUUUUUCGGCGACGGUGUUUUAGAAAGUGGGGUAAAAAAAAAAGAAGAAAAGAAAGAAAAGAAACUGAGAAGAAACAAUUUUUUCUCGUGCGAUGAUUUUUGAUCUUAAGGGGGGUAAUUACGUUUUAUUUUCCAGUAUCUCUGUCUCUCUCUCGUGAAUUGAGACCUUGUUUCUGGUCUCUUCUGAUUUUUUCCCUCUUUUUUGUGUUCGGUUUUGUGCUCCACUCUUGUCCGAAAAGAAAAAAAAAAAAGAUUGAGGACUUCUCGCGAUUCGUACAAAUCGGCCAAAUCAUCUUCCCAUGAGGGUUGCAUUCUUUUUUCGAAUAUGUCUCCAUUCGUUUGCGCCAAUUCAAAUCUUCCCUCCGGAGAACAUUCGAAACAAGUCUUGACCUAUAUCUAAUCAUUGCAGAAUUUUUCCUCGUGAGAAAAAUAAAAUAAUGAAGUUUUCCUGAAUUCAAAUUAAGUACGGGACGAAAUUCUCUGGCAUGGAAAAUGAUAAUAUGCAUGCGGCAGAUUAUGAAUAUUCUUCGGGUAUUCUAAUGAAUCGAUGAAUUUUCGAUUCCGUCUUUUUGUUUCAAAAUGGACAGUUAUAAAAAUGGGAUUUCAAUAGCUUAUUUUUGGGGAAGUAAUUCAAAGUGAGAAAAUCAUGAAGAAAGCUGCAAAUUUGUCUGCUGUUCCAAUUGAACAAUGAUUUGCGAAAUUUCUCUAUGUUUUGACCAGACGCUUUUAUCUAAGAAGAAUUUCAAAGGAGUUUCUGGUGAAGAAUUCCAUGAGUAGUAUGCAAAUGAAGUUCAACAGUUUCUCGUGCGUUUUAAAUUGGUUAAUGGUUAAACUUAUUUAUUUGAUUUUUUUUCAGAUACGGCAGAUUUUUUUUAUGAAGCUGAAAUUAAAAGAAAUUUCUGAAUACAUCCCGAUUUAUUUGUCGAACAAGAAUGUUUCCCCAGCUCUUUUCUCUUGAAAGGAAUUUAAUUUAUUUCCGGAAGAUCAUUUUCUGAAAAUUCCAGUCGUCGUGGGGAUAUUUAAUUCCGAUAUUUUAAUUGUGUCCUUUUCGAAUGCGGGAGAGAUUUCAAACUUGGCUGACUUGUAGAAUUCCCGAGAACGCAUUCUACUUCCACCGCAAAUGUUCACGGAGGCUGCAGAGAUUUAGGUGAGCUUAGUGAUGGCCUCGGGGCAUAUAAGAAGAAGAAAAAAAAAAAAAGAACUGGUUUAGGUGGAACCUCAAAAAGAGUUUAAGUCCUACUUUCUUACGUUUUGCGGGUCAUUUUCUAUCGUUAUCUUCAGUGUGCUUUCUGUAUUUCUGUUGGUAUUUUCGUGGUUCUGGAUUGCGUUCCUUCAUCUCGGAAAGAAGCAGACCUCCUCGGCUCCUGCGAUCAGGGGGUUUGCUUUUGAAAAAGAAAGAAAUCGCGCGUUUGUUUCUUCGAUCGUUUUUUUCUAAUGCAAAGUUUUUGUUAAGAAGUUUUUUGCAAAAAUUCAUCUCUUGUUUUUUGGUAAAAGUUUUUUUUUUUGGGUUUGUUCGGCCGAGUGAAGGUCCCGCGUCUAUAAAGCGAAGAAGUUCGGGUUCAGCUUUUUUCAGCUGCUAUUUUGUUCGCGGUCAGAGAAGAGAGAAAGAAGAAGAAAAACGAGAACUAUAUGAAGAAAAUUUUUCGAGUGUGAAUAGCGGGUGUUGAGUGUGUAUCGUUGUUUUCUUUCGCAACAUUCUCAAGUGUUGAGUUGAA